AUGAGCAGGGGUCCUUUGGACGACGAGGACGACGACGCAGGCCAUCCGCAAAUAGAAAGGUCAUCAGCGGAGCGCGUCACAGUGACCGUCUCCUACAACAACGAUGCCCUAAAUGGUCACCAGCGUCGUGAAGUCCAGCACCAACCCAGUUACAACCUCGAUAUCGACGAAUGGGAAGACGAAGACGCGUUUGUGCCGCGCUACAAUAUUGCUCCUCGAUCCAACGCGCCUGUCAUUCGGCGUCGCGACCCUGGUCCUUCAGGAAGUGGAAGUAACAAUGCAUUGAUUGUGCAUACGAUGAGAUGGGGACUUGUCCCUCAUUGGAGUAAAGUGGAGGACAAGACGUUGAGCACGACGAAUGCGAGGAGCGAGAACUUGGUUGAUGGAGGGGGGAUGUGGGCCGCUAUCAAGGGGAAGAAGAGGUGUGCUAUUCCUUGCCAAGGAUACUAUGAGUGGUUGACCAAAGGCAAGGAUAAGCUCCCGCAUUUUACGAAACGAAAGGAUGGCGCCUUGUUGAUGAUGGCUGGGCUAUACGAUUGUGCGACCAUCGAAGGGCGAACGAUGUGGACGUUCACGAUCGUGACCACCGACGCGAACAAGGAAUUCUCAUGGUUACACGAACGCCAACCCGUCUUCCUCAUGGACCGUGAAGCCAUCGGCAAAUGGCUCGACACCAGGUCCCAGACAUGGACAAAGGAUCUCACAGAGAUGGUCAGGCCAUACAGUGGGUCGGUUACCCUGGAAUGCUAUCAAGUACCGAAAGAAGUAGGCAAGAUUGGUACAGAGUCGCCUAGAUUUAUUGAGCCUGUGGCUACGAGGAAGGACGGCAUCCAGGCGAUGUUUGCCAAACAACGGCAAUCCAAGGCAGGGGCGUCGACGAGCGGGAGUCAAGACCUCGAACCAGGAUCGUCGACCUUGGGUUCAGGAUCAUCUGGGUCACCACAGAAGAAGAGAGGAAGAACCGAUGUCCUUGUUGAUGAAGAUGAAGAGGAAAAGAAGCGUGAUACCAAGAAGACUAAAACAAACACUGAAGGAGACGGCGCGAGUUCGUUCAGGUCCCCACCGACGUCACCAAAGAAGGAACCAAAGUCGCCAACCAAGAGUAAAGGAUCGCCCAAGAAGCUCGCCAACGCAAGCUCAGGCUCAGCCAAAAUCACAUCCUUCUUUAAUACCAAAACCAAAACUGGGUGA